UCUUUUCCGAGUAGCCCCGAGACGCCAGCUCGCUUAUGCGAGGGACAGACUCUGCGCGCUCGGAGAAAUUCAGUCAGUCGGUCCGGGGAAAAGCCACACGCUGCAGCACCGGCCACUUUUUUCCAGCCGAUUUUUCCUGCGUAUGCAAGAGAUUAGAGCGCGCGUGGGAGAGCUAGUUGAUUCGCGACGUUCGAGUUAAACGCUUCGUGUGGGAUUUUAAGUGCGUGCGAGGCGCACUCGCUGAUGGUUUUCUGCGGAUUUGAGAGAUAAGCGAACGUUUGGUGAUAGAAAAAAGUCGAGUAAUCAAGAUAGAAAUUCAACACCGGACCAAUGAAUUAGCGCACGCGAGACGAUCGAAGAGCCGAUUUUUUACUGAUAAGUGCGGAAAUGGCAGCGAAAAGCCGCGAGCUUUUCUUAGCAGCGCUGCUGCUGCUGCUGCUGAGCACUUGCGCGUUGGUUCACUGUCUCGAUGCCGAUAAAAUCGAGGCUCCGAAAUCGCUGCCAGAAGCGGAGAAAGAUUUUCCAGCAGAGCAUCUGAUAGAAGCCGAGAACGAUGAGGAGCGCAAGCUCGGCAAAAGAGUCGUCAACUGGUCUGCCUGGCAGAAACAAAAGGAGCAGCUGAAUCGAUCGCCGUAUCAACAAUCCGCUAGUCAACAGGGUAGUUUAGCUCAGUACACCAACGGCGGCCACGGCUACGAGUUUCAUCGUCAGAAUCCGUCGAUCCCAGUCGGAAAUCCCGACGUCAAGUGGACGUCGUUGCAUCACGGACACAACGAGUUCAGCCAAGGCUACGAUGAUAAAGAGGACGACGAGUGGUACGAGGGCAUAUCCAGUGAAAGCACGAAACCUCGGAAAGAGAAGCUGCCGAAAAGCCCAGCUGACCACUCGGACAUGGUAGCGAAGUACGACGUGGCCCGUGGCGUCCAAUGUCCGAGUGCCGACGCGACCGGUAUCUUCGUCUACCCGCCUGAUUGCAAGUUCUACGUGACCUGCUGGAACGGUCGAGCUUUCGUCCAGCCUUGUGCUCCGGGCACGCUCUUCAGUCCGGACAGUCUCGAGUGCGAUUUCCCCGACAAGGUCAAGUGCUACGGCGGCGAGAUCGCCGAUUUCCCGGGAGUCGAUGUCGAUCAUCUGGACGAAUCGGCGGGAGUGAGGGAACCGCUGCUUAAUGGAGGCCACAGUGCCAGAUACGAGGCUCAAGGACAGCUGGAGCCAUCGUGUCCACCAAAUAUGAACGGUCUGCUGGAUCAUCCAUCGGAUUGCGCCAAGUUCCUCCAGUGCGCGAACGGCCAAACUUACGUUAUGAGCUGUGGUCCCGGAAGCGUGUUCAACCCUAUGACGACCGUUUGCGACCACCCGCGCAACGUCCCGGGCUGCGAAGACGCUGCAGCAGUGGACGACGACGGCGAAUAUUCCGGUACACAGCAACCGCCAAUCGAUCACGAUUACGCUGGAUCCAGCAGCUUGCACACUUCGGUUAAGCCGACGAGUCACGGUUCCGUACGAACGGCAAAGAAAGUAGAGUGCCCGGCUGAGUUCAGCGGACUUCUACCUCACCCAGAGACCUGCGCGAAGUUCCUGCAGUGCGCCAAUGGAGCCACGUACGUGAUGGACUGUGGACCUGGAACGGUCUUCAAUCCCUUGACGACGGUGUGCGAUUGGCCCUACAACGUUCCCGGAUGUGGUGCUAAAAAAAAUCCAGCUCAACAGUCGGCGAACAAUUCCCCGAGUUACGAGCAGCCGGGUUUGAGCACUUACCCUUCGCAUACCACUCACAAUCAAAACUGGAAUGCGCAAGGACACAAUCAACAAGGUAUCUCUGGCGUCACGGUGAAUCAUCAAGGCAGUGCAACGACUAAUCAAGGUUACGGUCAUCAAGGAUCGGUCAACAGUCAAGGCUAUGGGCAUCAAGGACAUUACGGUGGAUCAUCAACCACACAGGGCCAUCAAGGACAGCACGGCGGAUCGGUAGGCCAUCACGGACAGUUCGCUGGACAAGGCAAUACCCAAGGUUACGGUCAUCAAGGACACUUUGCUGGCUCGUCAACGAAUCAACAGGGCUACGUUGAAUCUGGUAGUCAACACGGUUACAAUCACCAGAGCAACUACGGAACAUCAAGCUCAAACCAAUGGCAUCGGGAAGGAACUGAUCAGUCUUAUUAUGACUCGCAAUAUCAAGGAUCUUCCUUGAAUCCUGCUAGUCAGCAUCACGAUCAUCACGGUCACCAUUCUGGAAGUGGUGACUCCAAUUUCGGACAUCAGGUUCCUCAUCACGGACAAUAUCAAACGACUACCUAUCCCUACAAACUUGACGUUCGCGGAUCAUACCCUGAUCCAAAUCUGCAGCAUCCAACCCAGCCAAGCCACCCUAUCAACGGUCACGCCUACCCUUACAAUCCUCAAGGCUCCAAUAAAAAUCAACCAAAACCAGCCAAAAGUCAGCCAUCAGAUCCAGAAUCUUCAAGCGAAGAAGAACAUCCCGGUCAGAAUCAAGGACAAGCCUGGGCCGUUCCCGGUGGCAGUCCUCGACCAGGCGCUCAAACCGAGAAGCCCUGGGUCAUGCGAAUACCCAACGACAGACGCAACUACAGCCGAACCCACGACAGGUGGCCGACCAACUCUGGAACGGGUAACAAGUGGAGUACGUCCGAGUCAUCUCAGCCAAAGCCCGGCGGCACCUUACAACCGAGCACCUGGCGAGGCAUGGGUCCUGGCUUUGAAAACAGGCCAAGCAUUCCAGGUCGAGGACACCCCGUCAUCAGCGAAGGUGCCAACGUAUUGACCACUAAUGACAAACCAUACGAGAGACCUUCGAAUCCCAACAUUCAGGAUUCGCAUAACGGACAGUGGGCACCUGUCAGUACGCCGUCUCCAGUUUUGCUCCCACCUCACGAAAAUACGAAAAGCGUGCCUCCGGUAUUAAUUUACGCUAAUCCAAGGAUCAACGGCACACAAGGUCAUCCGAGUCCAGUGAUUAUUCAGGGUCACUCGAGAAUGAGGGAGCAACACGCUGGAGUACCCUCGCAGCAGGAGACGCCUCGAGCGCCAAAACAGGAUAAUUUCUUUCCGAGUGAAUUCCACCACGUGAUGGCCGUGCCAUCGCCACUGAGACCUACCACUUGGAAGCCCGAAGUGGUAUUUCCCAGCCAGAUGAAUAUAACUAUGAUUACGAGCAUGCAAGUGGAGGAACCGAAACCAAUACGUCCAAAAGUCAACGAUCCAGAGUCUCUAGAUUCUCAGGAAAGAAACAAAGAAUUCAUUUACAAUCGCUCGCCUCUCGAACCAGAUCUACCGACAGUUUCGAUCGAGCUCGAGGAAGACUGGAACUCUUCUUUACCAUUACCCUCAGAAAAACCAAGUUCGCCCAGAGGAGACAGCUACGAAAGAAAAUUCGCGCCUACGGAAAAAGACGUGGACGAAGAUUCAGCUGACACCGAAGAUUUCACCGUAGAGGUGGAGACAUCGGACGGAACGAAACCUUGGAAACCUCAGCUCGUAUUUCCGAAUAAAGCGAAGGCUAAUCCAAGGGAGGAAAAAUCGGUAGUCAUGAGAAUCGGUAGUAACAACAACAACAACAAGAGGAAGAACUUUCUAGAGGAUGUCGAGAUCGCGCCUUUCUUGGACGUGAUUUGUUUAGAGGAACCGCCGUUCCCGGCUGCUUACGCUCCGCCUCAAGUGAAAUCGUCAUCGUUGAUCAGCGGAUCCCACAAGCCAGGAGUACUUACUCCCCUAUCGGGACAGGCGAUCCGUCUGCGAGGUGGUCCCGAUCCAUCCGAGGGAUUCGUGGAGGUUCAGGGUAACAGACCUGGCUGGGGCGUGGUUUGCGACACACCCGACGGCUGGACCCUGAAGGAGGCUCACGUCGUCUGCAAACAGCUUGGCUACAGAAGGGGCGCAGCAAUGGCGUACCAAGGCCGCUCGAGAACUACCCUGGUUCCAAAGUGGAUCGCCGCGAACAGCGUCACCUGCCAAGGCAACGAGACCAAGUUCCAGAACUGCAAGUUCACUCACAAACCGGAGUGUCGAGUCGCAAAGGACGCGAUCGCGGUGCGCUGUCUGCCCCACCGCGUGGCUCACUGUCGCAAGGACGAGUUGGCUCACGACGGCCAGUGCUAUCACUUCGCCGAGGCUACCCAGGCUCUGAACCACGCCGAGGCCCACGAUUACUGUCAACGCAGAGGCUCGAGGCUGAUCGACGUGGUCGAUCAGGCGGAGCACGAUUUCAUCUCGGAGAUGCUUAUGCAGAGCCAACCUCACGUAGACUCGGUCAUGACAGCUGGUAUGGGAUUCACCACGUUGAAUAAGACCAUCUGGAUGUGGGAGGACUCGAGCGUUGCCAAGUUCAAAUUCAGCAAAUGGUGGCCAGGAUGGGAGGGUGACAGAAAGACAGCGCCGUUCGCCGGUACUCGUCCGGUUUGCAUAAUCCUGACGAGAAAGUUCCCCUGCCACGAUCGCCAGGAGAACCACUGCAAGACCGACCACUUCUUCUGGGACGUCGAGGACUGCGCCAGUUCGAACAAGGGUCGAGCCUUCAUCUGCGAGCGAGCUUUCGAAGAGAUCGGCUGCGUUUACGGAAACGGUAACCAGUACUUCGGCAAUGCGAGUGUCGCUGCGUCGGGACGGGACUGCCUCUCCUGGUCCGACCCUCAAGUAUCUCGUUCUCUGAUGAACAAGAUCACGAGCAAGGAAGCCCGCGAAAAACUGCAAUCCCACAACUUCUGCCGGAAUCCAAACCCCAACAAAGAAUCAAGACCCUGGUGCUUCACCGGCCCUCGGGGCGAGUACGAGUACUGCGACAUACCCUACUGCGGCAAGAUACUUUCGAAAAAAGCACACCUGACCGGCAGCUGCAAGCCGAAGCACUUCGAGUGCUCACCCGGCGAGUGCAUCCCCUCGCCUUGGGUCUGCGACGGCCAGGAGGACUGCACCAACGGAGCCGACGAGCGCAAGUGUUCCUCUCACAUAAACUUCUUCAAGAAGUACGCCAAGCACAGGCUCGACGGAUACGAGGUCGAGAAGUGGCUCAACACACCGGCCAAGACCUGCGCCUUACGAUGCAAAGAGGCGGACUUUACCUGCCGCUCUUUCACCCACCAGGCCGACGGCAACGUGUGCUACCUGUCGGACAGCAACAUCGGCAUGACGGGAGCUUUGGUAUCAAGCGGUGAACACGACUACUACGAGAUGCGCGACCACACCUUGGACUGCGAGGACAUGUUCGUCUGCGCGAACCAGAAGUGCAUCAAUCAGACGAAGGUCUGCGACGGCAAGAACGACUGCUUGGAUCGUUCCGACGAGAAGAUCUGCACCGCGGAGAACCUUGACUACGGGAUCAGACUGGGGGGAGCGAAUUCGAGUCACGAGGGCAGGAUCGAAGUCAAGAUUUUCGGAAAAUGGGGACAGGUCUGCGACGACGGCUUCGACAUGAUCGACGCCAACGUCGUUUGUCGCGAGCUGGGAUUCAGCCUUGGAGCUUUGGAGGUACGACCUGGUGGAUUCUACGGAAAUCUAAAUCCACCGGAUCUUUUCAUAGUCGAUCAGCUCAAGUGUAGGGGAAACGAGAGCAGCAUCAGAGAAUGCGAUUUCGAAGGAUGGGGCAAGCACAAUUGCGAGCCGGAAGAAGCGGUGGGCGUCGUUUGCAAAACCGACGUGGACACCUGUCAGGAGGGCCACUGGAAGUGCGACAACUCGCCCAUGUGCAUCCCUACGCCGUUCAUCUGCGACGAGGUGUCGGACUGCCCCGACGGAUCCGACGAAAGCUCGGCCCACUGCGAUGCUCCAUUCGAACUGCGUCUGGCAAACGGCAGCAGUCCCAUGCAGGGCAGAGUCGAGAUCCGUCAUCACGGAAUCUGGGGUACCGUCUGCGACGACGACUUCUCCAACGCCACGGCAAAGGUCAUCUGUCGCUCUCUGGGAUACGGGGGACCGGCUAUGGUGAAGAAGGACGGCUACUUCGGACCUGGCACUGGUCCCAUUUGGCUGGACGAGGUAUUCUGCUUCGGCAACGAGACCCAGCUGUACAAGUGCGAGCACGACCACUGGGGCAGGCACAACUGCGACCACGCGGAGGACGCCGGGGUGAUCUGCAGCGCUGGGCCCGUACCGGCCGAAUACGAGAGCGGCAGCGGCGGAGCCGAGGACCGAGAGGCAAGAAUCGCCACGGAGCUGAACAUCGACGAUCUCCUGCCAACCGAAUGCGGCAAACGACUCGAGGACUUUGCCGAGGACGACGAGCUCAUCUUCGAGAGGGUCGUGCGAAGCUCCGUCGCGCCGCGCGGAUCCUAUCCCUGGCAGGCGAGUAUACGAGUGAGGGGACACAGUAAAUCAAGCCACUGGUGCGGAGCCGUCGUUCUGUCGCCGCUUCACGUUCUCACCGCUGCCCACUGCCUCGAGGGAUACAACAAGGGGACGUACUUUGUACGCGCCGGAGAUUACAACACGGAGGUCGACGAGGGCACGGAAGCCGAAGCCAACAUCGAGGACUACUACAUCCACGAGGACUUCCGCAAGGGCCAUCGUCUCAACAACGACAUCGCCGUGGUGCUGCUCAAAGGUAGGGGCAUACCUCUGGGAAGAAACGUCAUGCCGAUCUGCCUGCCCUACGAGAACAUCGAGUAUCCAGCCGGUCUCAACUGUACGAUCAGCGGUUUUGGCAGCGUCGAAGCUGGAUCGUCCACUCACUCGCGGAAACUGAGGUUCGGCUGGGUACCACUACUCGACCAGUCGGUCUGUAAGGCAGACUACGUUUACGGCCAGUCGUCGAUCACCGACGGCAUGAUCUGCGCGGGACACCUGGACGGUGGACCUGACACUUGCGACGGUGACUCAGGCGGACCGUUAGCUUGCCAGCACAAUGGCGCAUUCACGCUUUACGGAUUGACCAGCUGGGGACAGCACUGCGGAAGAGUCAACAAGCCGGGUGUUUACGUCAGAAUUGCACAUUACAGAAAGUGGAUCGAUCAGAAGAUCAGAGAGUCGCUGAUUGGCCGAUAAUCGACUACGCGUUUAUUGUAAUGUACUUUAGGAUCGAUUUUUGUAAUGUUUGAAAAGCCGGUUACUUCGAUCUUGUAAUCGAUCGCUUUCUUUAUAACAAAUAUCAUUGCUUACGUCGGUAUAGUUGGUAGAUAUAAACUAUUACUUAAAUAAUUUUAUGAUAUUCAUUCGAUCUAGUAAGCAUUAUAGUAUAUGGUGACAGUUAGUUCAAUCUUGAACGUUCUCUGAAGCUAUGCCUUGUUUAACGUGAUUUUAUCCAAAGUUGUAUGCGAAUAUAGAAAAGCUAUUUUUGUACGUAAUAGUUAAUAUUAAAAAAAAAAAAUUAUACAUUAGAAUUAAAGACUGCUAUAUCCCUCCCUAUAGUUAUUAUUACAAAGACGAAAUCGUAAAUGCGUGAAUCAUGCAAAUGUAAUGCCCUCGAUCGUAUAGAUUUAAGGUUUUUAUAAUAAACGGAUAGUUAUCUUCUUGUAUCCAUUAAAAAAUUUUCCAUUAUAUGAUCUUGUUUACCACCGUAAUCUUGACCAUUUUUCCGUCAUUCAAACUUGCAGCUAAUUGACAAGAUAACAAUACAAGCCGUAAAGUACCUUUAAUAGCACAAAAACAGCUGACGAGAAAUUUUCAUCCAUCAGAUAAGGCUUAUCAGUUUUUACAGGUUUUUAGUUAUCAUAUGCUUUCAAGUAUAAUUGUCUAUAUGAAAUUUGUUAAAAAUUCUAAAUUUUUAUUACCAGCAUAUUCUUCGCUAAUUUCGUUUAAAAAACAGAUUUAACAAAAAAAUAGCUGUAUUGCUACACGUUUUCUUAGAGCAUUGCGGAGGAGAAGUAAUUAUAUUCACAUAUGUAUAAGGAGUAGGAAAAAAAAAAAUAUGACAGUCGGUAUCUCAUAAACAAUGUUAUAGUGUGUCUUCUCGAAUCCGCUCGGGUCAUCGUCGCGUGAUAACCCGCAUGUAAAAUUAUACACAAGAGGUCUUGGAAGCUUGAAAUCCAUUUCUAUCUUUGAAAGAUGGACACUUGGCCUCCACUGCUUAUUUGUUACAAGCGUGCUUAUAGCCUUCUUCGAGCGAAAAAAAAAAGAUUCUUUAUCGAACUUUGAACCUUGUCUAUUCCUAGCCAUAUGCAAAAAUAUUGUUGACAUCGUUGUCACAAAGCUCAAGAACAUCGCAGAAAUACAUUACAGUGUGGAUAAGUAUACGUCACGUGCUCGAUAAACAUUCGUCUGUACUAAUCCGGCCUUUGGACUGGUGACUUCAUAAAUAUAUGCAUUCCUCAAUCGAACAUCUAAAACCUGACCAGACAAUUCAAUAAUCGUUCGGUAGAUAUAACACGAUAAGGCACGUCAUGUAUAGACAAAUGGAAAUUCAUUAUCUUAUGUUACCAGAAACGUGUCUUCCGCGAAAUGCGGACGAUAAAGAAUUUUCAUGGUUGUA